UGCGCAUGUGCAGAAAGAAGCCGAGCAAUUUCCGGCUAAAAAUGGCGGAUGAUAAGGAUUCUCUGCCAAAAUUGAAAGAUCUUGCUUUUUUGAAGGAUCAGUUGGAAAGUUUGAAACGAAAAGUUGAAAAUGAAGUACAGGCUGGAGUGGGGCAGGAUGGUUCUUGGUUGGCCUCUCCAUUUGUCAAAGGAUUUCUUGCUGGAUUUGUUGUAGCCAAACUAAGAUCUUCUGCAAUCAUAGGCUUUUUGGUGGGGAGUUGUACUGGAGUAUUUGCUGCUCAGACCUAUGCAAUUCCUGAUGUUGAAAAGACAGUCAAAGACUAUUUCAAUUCAUCCAGGAAAAGAUCAAACUAGAAAUGCAACAAUAUUAAUGCAACAGUAUACUCCAGGGGGAAAAAUAACCUUUCAGCUUCUCAUCUCUUUCAGUUCUACAUAGGUCAAAACAUUUAGCUCCACUUUAGAUGUUCUUAUUAACUGGAAAAGUGUUUUAUAAUGAACAAAUAACAUUUCAGCAGGUCUGCUUUUUAAGGUUCCCAGUUUUAGAAUGAAACUGAUGCUGCUUGAUUCAACUGUCCUGGGAUUUAGAUUAGAUGCGAGCCUGGGUUUGGAUAGCAAAGCAGUCUCUCUCUAAGGGAGCAAAAAGCAACUGAUACGGCAUGCCUGCUAUAAAUGUGCCCAUGCCAGGAAACACGGUGUGAGAUACCAACUUUCUCCUAAUCAUGUAUAUAUAUUAUACUGACAUAUGCAUUUGAUUUCUUUCCUGCUGAUUUGAGUCCUUAUUUGUGCAAGCAUCUGCUUGCCACAAAUAUAGUGUAGAUUUCCUCUUUAAAAAACAAAAGGUGCUUCUUCCCUUUUCUCUAUACAUCCUGAAAAUUAUCGCUAAAUAUUAACUGACUUCUUGUUAUAUUUUUGGUAUUGUAUUAAGUGGGUAUUGCUGAUCCUGACUUAUUAUAGUUGCUUUAUACUACUUUUUUUAUUUUAUUUUAAUGGCUAAAGUCUUUGCUACUGCUAUUUUACUUUUAAUUGCUUUAAAGAAAUAAUUCUUCCUGCAUCAAAGACUGGCUCAACAUAGGCAAUCUGCCGGUUUGGUACUUAGGAGCUUUAUAUGCAGCUGGAAGCUCUCGGUGCCCUCUGUAUGACCUUCCUUUGACAGAUGGCUACAUACCACUCAGUUUAACCUUUCUUAACUUCAGUUAAUCUUUCUAGGUCCCAUGCUUUUGGAUAUUUCAGUUAUCUCUAGUGAAACUGCUGAAGACACAAGAUCUUAAUGAAUCUCCAGAAUCACUUUCUUUCUUCAUGUAUUUAUUUACUUGUUAAACUACCAUUUACUUAAGAGCUUAAGGCAGUAGACAGUGCCCCCCCAUUCCCCCCCUAACAAUUCUAUGUGCUACAUGAGAAUGAGUGCCCCAAAGUCUUCUGAUAAGCUGCUUUAAUCAAUUUUCCACUAUUACACUAUAUACUAAAACAGACUUUUCCUUUUUUGUUUUGCUAAAUGUGGUAAUUCAUCUGUCAAAAAGCUAAGCAACUGGAUUCCUAGAAGGUGUCUCAUUUGAGUAUAUUUUAUUAUAUACUAAAUCUGUCCACGAAAUAAUGUGUGUGUAUGCAUGCACAUGCUUGUGUGUAUGCACAUAAAAGGGCUGUCGUAACUGGGUUGUAACACACAUAGUCAAUAGAUGACAACAAAGAUGUGAUGACUUCUUGCACUGGUUUCUCUCUGAAAUAUAGCUGUAGAUACAUAGAGUUACUGUAUCUUAAAUUGCAAAAUAUGGAUGAACCCUGGAUGGCAGCAAAUUUUGUGCAAGAUAAUGAAUCAUAGUUAAAUCAAAGAUAGUUCAAAGCAUAUGGGAGGAAAAGGCCACAAUAAAGUAUCAGAUUUUAUGUAAUUCAGUUAUGUUUUGUACAAGACCCUCUGCCAGAUACAGGGUACAUGAUUCGUGGUGGUCCAAAAUGGCAUAGGAAUAUAUGCCCUCUUUCCUGUAUACUUUGACACUUGCCUGUUGAUAUUGAUCCACACCUUCACAAAGCUCUUAUACCUCAACAAGCACUGAAUUACACACUGCAGAUUCUCUUGUAAACUAUAAUGUCCUAGGGAAAUGGACAUAGGGGCCUCUGGUGGCUCAACAGACUAAUGCAGUCUAUUAUUAACAGCAGCUGCUUGCAAUUACUGCAGGCUCAAGUCCCACCAGGCCCAAGGUUGACAGCCUUCCAUCCUUUAUAAGGUAGGUAAAAUGAGGACCCAGAUUGUUGGGGGCAAUAAGUUGACUUUAUAUAUAAUAUACAAAUGGAUGAAGACUAUUGCUUGACAUAGUGUAAGCCGCCCUGAGUCUUCGGAGAAGGGCGGGAUAUAAAUGCAAAUUAAAAAAAAUAUAUAGUGUGGCCCUGAGGGUUAUGUACCUUCACUUUCUAGUGUGUAUGUGUGAGUUGGAAGGUUUAUAUAAAUACACGCAUGCAUGGCUUUUGGCUAUAAAUAAAAAUUAUUGAUAUUUAUAUUCAAUGUAUAAAAAUGAUUAUGAAUGGAAUGGUUUAUCAUAAAGUAUAAUCCCUCUCGAAAAUAACAGUUUUACCUUAGUUCUGUUUAAAUUCUGUUUCAAUCUUUAAUCUCCUUAAUCCCUGAUGAUAAAAGCACAUUCUUGUAUCGAAGCCUAUUUUUUUUUCCAUAUGGGGUAAAAGUGCCUGAAACUUUACUUUUGUCUGCUAGAUCUUCAUUCCAGAAGACAUUAAGAGAUUGUUUUGUUUUAAUGGGUGGUCAUGAUUUUUAAGAAUCUCUUAUGAUAGUAAGAAAGUAGGACCUUAGAAAGCAAUUUCUGGCUACCUAAUGGCCAGAUUUCUGAAUCUUCAGAAGGGAAAGAUUUAUGUUAUUUUAUAAGUAGCACUAGAAUAUUGUCUCCAAGAUGCCCAUCUCUAUCCCUGCAACUUUUUUAUCAUACUCAGAGUUGUGUUGGAAGACUGUAGGCUCACCCAAAUGCCAGUUAAUCACACUCUGACCAGAGUAUUUGAAUGAUGUACUUUUCUAAAGAUUUACUAACACAAAUGUCUUAUAAACAUUAAGGUGAUUAAGUGCCUUUUGCAAACUGGUUUUGUUAUUCUGUAUUUUUUACUUUUAUAAAGAAUGUAUUGCUCCCAGAUACUUUCCAAGAAUAGAUACAACACAAGCAACAACCAAACACAGUUAUUUUCUGUUCCAUAAGGUUUGCCUAAUUUUUCUUUCCUGGAUUUGCUAAAUAGUUAGCAAGUUUAAGACCACAGGUUUAAGUGCUUGCUUUUCCAAAUGAUGUUCAGAAAUGUUUUUAUUUAAAUUAAAUUCCUUAUUGUUGCCUCGUAGAAUGUAGUCAUAUUUUAUAUUCUUUUUUUUUUUGGCCAAGUAGUUUUGAACUUCUUUAAGUUGUUUUUUAUUAUUUUGAGUAUAUUAUGUAAUUCUGAUAUCAUUAGCAUUUUUAUUAUCCUGUAGCCAAAUUAAUAAUUGCAAACAAUAAUUAGAAAUAAGGCUAUACAGUAUUUCCAUUUAUACUCACCAGAUGCCUUGUGUAGAUUUCCAAAAUAAAGUAUUAUGUUUC